UUUUAUGAAGUGAUUUCCGCCCGUGGACGUGUGGAUGGCACCGGAGUACCCGAGCUACCCCUUGCAUCACGCAGAAAGAUUAUAUGCGACGAUGUUUCACGACCACGAGUAUAUACGCCCGGCGGUAUAAAAGGCAAAAAGUACCAAUAUGCAACAUCAUUUCCAACUCCCAAUCCUUCUAUGAAUUCAGAAGAACGAAUCCGUGCCGUGGCCGUUUAUUGCGGUUCCUCGAUAGGAAAACGCGCUGCGUACGCAAAAGCAGCUCAUUCGGUUGGAGUAGCUCUAGCUAAAAGCAAUAGACCUCUUAUUUACGGAGGGGGAACUCUUGGGCACGGUCUCAUGGGGACCGUGGCACAUGCAGUUGUUGAAGCUGGUGGAAAGGUGACUGGAGUCACACCGUACGCACUGGUGGCGGCAGGUGGAGAGGAAGAUAAGUCCAUAGAACCCAACGGCAUCAAAAGGCAAGUGGCGCUGCCAACUAGUAGUUCUAAUAAUAUCGAAACGAUCAUAGUCAACUCCAUGCAUGAGCGCAAGGUGGAAAUGGCAAAACGUGCAUGUGGAUUUGUAGCCCUUCCUGGAGGCUUCGGUACGUUCGAAGAGUUUUUUGAAGUCACAACGUGGACACAAAUUGGAAUCCAUGAUAAACCUGUUGUACUUCUCAACGUUCUCAACUACUAUGAGCCCAUACGCAAGAUGAUCCAAUCUGCGAUCGAAGAGGGGUUUGUCCAAUCCUUCAGCAGCAGAUUGAUCACAAUCGUCGACGGUCCAGAAGAUCUUGUUCAGCAUGAGACCUUCGAUUGGGGUUUCGCAGCAUUACAGGCAAUAGAAAGCUGGAAAGAGGGUGAAGUAUUGUCCAACUACGAUUGGACCAAACGAAUCGAUGGAACCCGAGCAGAUGGAAGCCUGGCUGCUUCAUAACCUGGAUUUCUCCGCGCAUCAUCGAAAUUUUUUGCAUCAUUAAUUCUUCAAAG